UUCUGGAGUAUGUAGGGCUAUUACUGCAGACGGGGAUAUCAGAAUACAGUCAUGAAUACAGCAGUGCUGCUACCACCUUCCCUUCUGGGGGCAUUGAGCCUCCUCUGUGCUGUGUUCUGUGAUCAUCCAUCAUCAGAUGUUACACUCAUUAUGGACCAAGGUGACGACUCCAACAACACUUUGUACUAUGAACAAGGUAAUUUUUCAGAAAGAAACAAGUCCAGUGUAUAUGGUUUCACCUAUGAUAUUGUCCCCAAAGAUUCUUCAGUACUAUACAAUAAUAACUUUACUGGAUAUGUUUUCCCUUUUGAAACUCUGUACAACUCUUUUAUCUUCUUUGCUGUAGAAAAGAAUGAAACAUAUUUUAUUAAGGAUGUUUCAAAUCACACUAAAUUCUACCUUUCCAGUCAAUGGUUGACCUCAUUUGUACCAUCAGUCUACACUGUGGUGUUCAUUGUGGCACUUCCCCUAAACCUAAUGGCAAUUUUAAUGUUUCUAUUGAAGAUAAAAAUCAAAACGACGGCAGUAGUAUAUAUGCUGAACUUAGCAAUAGCCGAUGUGCUAUUUGUUGCUCUGUUGCCUUUCAACAUUGUAUACAGAUUUAGAGGGAACAACUGGCAAAUUGGAGAAGGAAUGUGUCGAUUUGCCACCGCAGCAUUUUACUGUAACAUGUACUGCUCCAUCCUGCUCAUGACCAGCAUGAGUGUGGACAGAUACAUGGGUUUGGUGUUUCCAAUGCAAGCCCGUACCUGGCGAACAAAGAAGCGAGCUUGGCUGGUGUGUGUUGCCAUCUGGCUUGUAUCCAUAACCAGCACUGUGCCUCUUUUGCUUACCAGCCAAACUCUUAACAUUGAUUCAUUGGGCAUCACAACUUGCCAUGACGUGCUAGAAUUAGCAGACCAACAGAACUUCUACAUGUACUACUUCACUGCCUUUUCCUCUAUUUUUUUCUUCUUUCCAUUAAUAGUUACAAUCUUCUGUUACACUGAAAUUCUCCGAUCCUUAAGUAAAAAUGCUGAGAAUAUUGAAAAUUCUUCUAAGAAGACUAGAGCUAUUUUCUUGACCAUUAUAGUUCUUUCUGUGUUUUUUCUUUGCUUUGGUCCAACCAAUACCAUCUUUCUAAUGCAUUAUCUUCACUUCCUUAAUGGACAUUCUGAGUCUCUAUAUUUUGCUUACAUUCUGUGUGCUUGUAUAAGCAGUGUAAGUAGUUGUCUUGAUCCUUUAAUGUAUUACUAUGCAUCUGCAAAAUGUCGGAAGUAUGUAUAUAGUCUGUUAGGCUGUAAGAAGACUGAUAAACAGCAAACCAAGCACCCCUUCUGUGCACCCAAAGAAUCGAGUACAGAAUGUUCAUUUGUUAAGUAAACAAAGUUUAAACUUUGCGCCAUAUAUGGAUAUAACUGUAGCACAGCAAUAUAUUGCUUAAUAUGGAGGAAAAUAUAUGCUUUUGUGGUAAUAUCUGUAGCUGCAUGACCACUACCCUGUAAUAGGAAUCUAGAACAGGAACAGCUGUGGAACCUGUGGAACAGAUGUGGAACUAACUUAAAAGGAUGUAGGGGAGGAGCAUAGUGAGAACCCCAGCCAAUCAGCAAUCUAGGAAGUGUUUUUGGUAAUGUUGAUUGGCUGAGAGCAGACGUUGCUCUUCUCACAAUGCCUCCCCUUCAUCUCCUCUUAGUUGCAUGCUAAAUAUACAAUUUUGAACUUAGCCCCUGACAAAAAUAAUCUAAUAUAAGUGAUAUAAACUUCUAGCUAACAUGUGAUUGCUAUCCAUUAUUUUUCUUUCAACCAUGCAAAUAAAAAUCUAUAAAUUAAAUUAUAACUGAUACACUUCAGUGUUUUCUAACACCUUUGACAACUAUCCAGUGGUACCUACAGGGGCAGACCAUGUGACUACUAUGGAGCCCAACACAAAAAUGUGUCUCUUGCUUUACCACUGCAUAAAGGUUUAUAAUGCUCAUGUUUAUAAAUAAGUAGAUUUAGUGCUCUAAGUGUGGAAACCAAAGCUCCAAGGGCCCUAUUACAAGGCCUUACAUUGUCUAUUACACAGGGUGAUACUGGCCUAUUUGACCAAUAUAUACUCCAUGUAAUAGGGCCCUAACCCAUCGAUAGGUUCAAAUCUUACAGUAGAUAGUAAUUAAAUUAUGUAUUUGUCGGCGCUGUCAGUGGAGUCCAUUCUAAGUCUUGCUACGGGACAUUCCUGUGGACACCUCUGCAACCAUUGCACAACAGGAGAAGUUUUGAUCACAUAUAUAUGUAUAUAAUGGAAACUGCCUCUGAUUACAGUUUUAUUUAUGUUAAUAUUAUCUCUAUUUAAAAUACACUCAGGAACCUUUCCACGCUUACUGUAUGUUGUUUACAAUGGUUUGUUAAAUUUUGCCACCAUGUACAUUAUGAUCCAUUUUGUUUGUUUAUAGGAUGCUAUAUAUUAAUACAAUCCUGAAAAUGUUAUAUGCAAAAAUCCCCAUGGGAAGGGAAUUUUAAGCUAUCUGUGCAUGUAAAUCUAAGAAAAAUAUUGAUUUUUUAAGACAUGUGAGUGCUGGAUUUUUGUUUCUUUGAAUGCACAUUGCCAGUUACUGAGGUGAUCCUAUCCUGCUGAGAGUAUAUGGUAUUUUAUUUGUUCUUAUGUAUAAAAAUACAUUGUAUUAAUUUGAUUUAAAAGC